AGGCUCGGCCCCCCAGGCUGAGCUUUGGCGCCAGGCUGCACCAAUGGGCCUCAGGGGGACCCCAGGGGAGCCCUGCCUGGCCGAGGGACUGGAGGCCGGGGGGCCAAGGGCGUUCACCACCCGCUGCCCCACGGGCCCGGGUUGCUACAUGUGGGGGCAGCACCCCUAUAAGAGCCCUGCGGCGCUGCCCCCGGCCCGAGGGCGGGAAAGGUGGCACUGCUGGGCUAUGGAGGCUGCUGAGGCCACGGCGAAGGGGGCCGUGCGGGCACCCAAAUGCUCCCGCUGCCGCAACCACGGCUUCGUGGUGCCGGUGAAGGGCCACGCCGGGCACUGCCGCUGGAAGCUGUGCCUGUGCGACAAGUGCUCGCUCAUCACCGAGCGGCAGAAGAUCAUGGCAGCGCAGAAGGCGCUGAGGCAGCAGGAGCCCGACCCGCCGGCCCGGGCGGGCGCGGACCCCGCUCCCUCGGGCGAGGCUUCUGCGGCGGCGGCGGCGGCCGAGGACGGUGCCCCCGAGCACUGCGGCCUCGAGGGGAAGAAGGGCGCCCAGCCCGACGGCGGCAGCUGCAAAGGCGCGGUGUCCUGGGGGCCACCGCCGCCUCCCUUCAGGGACCUCGUUCACCGGGCUUUUCCUCCAGAAUACGCUGUCAACCCAGAAUACCUGGAGAGAGAGGCCUCGAAAGUGUACCCUGGGUGUUCUGGGGUGUAUCCUUACCACCCAUUUCCCAUGGGAUUUGCCAUCAGUGAGUCAAGCAGUGGAGAAGCACCACCUCCAGGGAUACCGCUUCAGAGAGGUUUCCGACACAUUCCUAGCAACUAUGGCCCAGGGAAUGCAGCUUCUGUAUCAGUUCCAGAUGGAGGUGGAGAUUUCCAUCAAGGAUACUACACUCCUCUGCCUCCAUUCAUCCCACCAAGUUUUCUGACAGGGAUUCAUUACAUUCCAACUGCUGUUUCACUGAACAUCUUGGCUGAAACAUCCAAGGAAGCACAUGCUACUGAAGCUGACAAUGAGGAUUCAAGGGUGGUUCAUGAACCUGGACAACCACCUUCUUCCCCAGAAGAAACAAGCAGAGACCAACCUGUACACUCUAAACAGUAAAUGGGCUGGAGAAGAGCUGAGAGCAGGCAGCACUAUUUUCCUUUCUGAGGAGAGUGUUAGUUAAUGAGGGUUGAGUGACACUUAGUCACCGAGCAGCUGAACCCAACACUAGAAGCUAGAAGGGGCUUAGUCCCCUGCCUGUCUUUAUGAUCAUGUUAGAGCUACCAGGCUCACAGCUCUGCCUCCUGAGCACUGUAAAGCCCACGUUCCUAGAAUAGGUUUUCCAGUGGAAGCAGCAAAUGAUUAUGACUCUGAAUUUGUUCCUUUGCUGAGGUUACGUGGCUCCCUGACCUUGGAGUGAGGUCUCUGAGCUGUGUGCAUUCUGCAGCAUUUUCAUGUUCAUGACAGUAGUCAAAAAGGUGUUGUUUGUAUCUCUUUGCUUUAAAGGAAAUCUGGUUAUGAAUGUUAUGGAAGAGUUAAGUGAUGUGGAGCCUGAGGACUGAGGGAAAGAGGAUGGGAAGACAGCCUGCGUUGCUGAUGAACUUGGCUGCCUAAGAAGAUGAUUGACUGGAUUCAGCAGGGUAAGGGAACAGGAGGUGCUGGUCCAGAAGGGCAUGGCAGGAAUGUGUGGAAAGGCCUGGUGCCCCCACACUGUUUUAUGGGUGAACUGCCUUUAAGGUGUUCAGGCUGGGGACAAACUUGAUUUGGAAUCACCUCUUGUCACACAGGCUUCACAUCUGGCAUUUUGAAUGUCCUUGAUGAUUUAUACAUGAUUUCAAUGUUGUUGAACUUGUGACAGCUGAAACUAAACAGUGCUGUUUUGUUUCUGAAGGGCUCCUGUAGACAGCUUUAUCCAUGUGUAUUGGGAGAGCACUGUGGUGUAUCAAAGGUGUGGAGAGAUUGCCCAGGAAACUGGGACAGAACACCAUUUAGAAUAAUUACUCAAAUCCAUACAUACUAUGAUUUUUCAGUGAUGACCUUUAAUUAAAAAUGAAUUAAUUAAACAUUCCUCUGCUGUUUUGCCUAGAGGACUUGGUUUUGUACUAAGUGCAUCAGUUGUUAAUGUUUGAAUAAUUAGGGUGGGACUUUUGUAUAAUUAAAAUGAUACAUUAAAUUGUUGUUACAGUUUGA